AUGCCCCUGAACGAAAUAGCUUCUUCCGUCGUAGAACUUACACGGAGAUGCGUAUCGACCACCGCGAUAAAGCGAGCGCGUCAGCUCCACGCUCUCGUCCUCACCGCCGGCGCAGCUUCCGAGUCUCCGUACGCAAACAACAACCUCAUCUCGAUGUACGCUCGGUGCGGCUCUCUAGAACAAGCGCGGAAAGUGUUCGACCAAAUGCCUCAGAGAAACAUAGUCUCUUACAAUGCGCUUUACUCGGCGUAUUCCCGUAACCCAGAUCACGCAAGUUACGCGUUUCCUCUGAUAACCCAUAUGGAAUCUGAGUUCUUGAGGCCCAAUAGCUCGACUUUCACUAGCUUAGUGCUACUAUGUGCUGCGGUUGAGGAUGUUUUGAUGGGAUCGUUGUUACAUUCACAGAUCAUAAAACUUGGAUUUUCAGAUGAUGUAGUUGUGCAGACAUCGGUUUUGGGGAUGUACUCGAGCUGCGGGGAGUUGGAAUCUGCGAGGAGGAUCUUCGAGUGUGUAAAUGAUGGAGAUGCAGUGGCUUGGAACGCGAUGAUAGUUGGGAGCUUGAGAAAUGAUAAAGUAGAAGAAGGGCUUAAGAUUUUCAAAAGCAUGUUGAUGUCUGGUGUUGAGCCAACGCGAUUCACGUAUUCGUUGGUGUUGAAUGCUUGUAGUAAAUUGGGAAGCUUUUCACUAGGGAAACUAGUCCAUUCCCGGAUGAUAGUCUUGGAUAGUUUUGAGGACUUACCUUUAGAGAAUGCUCUUCUUGACAUGUAUUGUAGCUGUGGGGAUAUGAGAGAAGCUCUCUAUCUGUUUGGGAGGAUUCGUAAACCGGAUUUGGUUUCGUGGAACUCGGUUAUUUCAGGGUGUGCAGAGAACGGUUUAGGAGGGGAAGCGAUUCUUAUGUAUAGAAGGAUGCAGAGGAUGUUUACGCUUAGGCCAGAUGAGUAUACUUUCUCUGGUGUGAUAUCUGCAACAGCGGAAGGAGAAAGAUUUGUUCAUGGGAAAGUUCUUCAUGGACAGGUGAUGAAAUUGGGAUAUGAGAGGAGUGUUUUUGUUGGAACGACUCUCUUGUCCAUGUACUUAAAGAACGGAGAAGCUGAAUCUGCGGAAAAAGUGUUUGGUGUGGUCGCGGAGAAGGAUAUUGUUCUCUGGACUGAGAUGAUCGUAGGGCAAUCUAGACUGGGAAACAGCGAGUUCGCAGUCCAACUCUUCACUGAAAUGUACAGAGAGAAAAAUAGAGCUGAUGGUUUCUCCCUGAGUAGCGUCUUGGGAGCAUGUUCAGAUAUGGCCAUGCUUAGACAAGGUGAACUGUUCCAUUCUCUUGCGAUGAAGACGGGAUUCGAUAGCGUUAUGUCAGUGUGUGGAGCGUUAGUGGACAUGUACAGCAAGAAUGGCAAAUACGACUCUGCAGAAUCAGUGUUCUCUCUUGUUUCGAAUCCUGAUUUGAAAUGUUGGAACUCAAUGCUAGGAGCUUAUAGUCAGCAUGGAAUGGUGGAAAAGGCUAUGAGUUUCUUUGAACAGAUACUUGAGAAAGGUCUCACGCCGGAUGCAGUAACAUACUUGUCUUUAUUAGUAGCAUGCAGCCACAGUGGAUCGACGCAGCAAGGAAAGUUCCUGUGGAACCAAAUGAAGGAGCGUGGGAUCGAAGCAGGGUUUAAGCACUACUCUUGCAUGGUGAGUUUGGUGUCAAAAGCUGGGCUACUAGACGAAGCGUUGGAACUGAUAGAAGAAUCUCCUCUGGGGAACAAUCAAGCAGAGCUUUGGAGAACUCUGCUAAGCGUUUGUGUUAACAGAAGAAACUUGCAGAUGGGACUAUACGCUGCUGAGCAGAUCCUGAGACUUGAUCAAGAAGACAUGGCAACCCACAUUCUACUAUCGAAUCUUUAUGCGGUGAAUGGGAGAUGGGACGAUGUUGCAGAGAUGAGAAGGAAGAUUAGAGGAUUAGGUUCUGCUAAAGAUCCAGGAUUGAGCUGGAUUGAAGUGAACAACAACAGUACACAAGUUUUCACCUCUGGAGGAGACCAGUUUAACCCAGAAGAAGUAAGUGAAGCUCAAGAUGAGUUACACAGGUUAAAGCGUAAUAUGUUGUGCAAAUCAUCAUCCAGUGAACAAGAUUCGUUCUUUACAAGACUUGUCUGUCCAGAUUAA